AACAUCUUGAAGCAAUGAUGGGAAGUGUUUGAAUGCAAAGACAAUUUCAUCAAACAGAAAUUUUUACACUUAAAUAAUGAUGUCUGACGGACAUUGAGAUAUUUGAAAUUGGUACAGAAAAACGUGCAAAGCAAACACAUUCUCAUACAUUCUCAUUAAGUGGUGAAAGCAAUAAAGCUCCAAUGCCUCUGUGGACAGUUUGCCAUUAACUGAUCAUCACUGUGCUAUGAUAACUAGCUGUGUGGCAUGAUGGUAACAGUUAUGACUAAUAUUGCAAAGUGACAUGGUUUAAUGAAUAUCGGAUAAUCAUCAACCCUGACAAGAGACCGUAGCUGGCUCUUCGAGUAGAAUGGCGCUCGUUUUGAACGUCUCUGAUCAAUGUCCUGGGGACCAGGAAGAUGUUAUCUUCUGGAGUCUUGACUGUUAUGGAGUUACAAUCUCAGUACUCAUCAUUAACUUUGUGACAAUUCUUGUUGGUUUGAUCAUCAUCUUUCUGAACAGUGUAGUUAUCACAGCAGUUGUUAGAAGAACCAACAGAGAUGACACCACAGACAUUGUCAUAGCCUCGCUGGCAUUAGCCGAUGUCAUCCUAGGGAUGUUUGUUAUCUAUCAAACAGCCUACAAUGUUGGGAACUGGCAGGUCUUUGAGGAAUGUAUGGUUCGAUAUGGGAUUCUACUGGCCGCAAAUCUUAGUUCUGUCCUUCACAUGGCCUUUCUUACAGUCGACUGUUACAUUAAAAUUGCCCGCCCCUACCUAUAUCAACGGAUGAUGAAAAGAGGUUGGGUGAUAACAGUAUCAUGCAUACUAUGGUUUCUGUCCCUGAUCUGGGGCUGUUUACCUGUUAUGGGAUGGAAUCCUGGAAAGAGUACUGACCAAAUGCCUGUUUGUGGUUUCUUCAUCAUCACAGCUCCAAACUACAGACUGGUCAUGUGGUUCUUGUUUAUGAUUCCACUGCUGAAAAACAUUCUAGUUUAUAGCCACAUUUUUCGUAUUGCCCGCAGACAUGCCACAUCCAUAAGUCACCAGAUAGGAUCAGAAGUAUCAAGGAAGACCUGGAGAUUCACCAAGACAGUUGUGCUGGUCAUUGGCUUUUACUUCCUCUGCUGGACACCUACAGGUAUGUCAGUUCUCACCCAGACAAAUUGUGUUGCAUAUCAACAAAGUAUUGGUACAGUCAUACAAACCCCUCUCUUGUUUGUCAUUAAAUGUGGUGAAUGGUACAUUAUAGCAGAUCUUCAAACUACAGGGGAGAGCCUGACAGUGGUUAACUUCGCUAAUCUACUUGCAGGUGUGUUUUUGCUGAUAGAGUAUUGUGGAUAUCUUGACCACAUCCACCCAUCUGAGAAAGGUUCCCUUAUUGUUUACGUCACCAUCCUCGGCUACAUCAACAGUCUGCUCAACCCCCUGAUCUACGCGGUUAAAAUCCCCUACAUCAAACGGCGCUUUGCAGAGAUGUUUGGUAGAGUACUGUGUUGUCGCUGCUUCAGGCAGGUGUCUCCUGAGGACAGCCAAAACACAGUGUGGCAGAAUUCUUCCAGCAUAAAUGUCAGACAGGCAGAGGCCCAAGCAGAGGAAAGCCUACCUAGCAGACCAGCAAAAGUCAAGGCAGAGGAAUGCUAAACUAAUUAAAGCGAUCGUCAUCGGUAAACGAGGGAAAACUCCAAACAGAGUAACAGGCAAGCGAGGAAACUACAUGUAACAGCUAAGAAAAUCCCAAAUGGAUAAGGAUAUGUAAACACCAUUGUUUCCAUCAAAAUUACCAGCUACACAUAAGUAAAAUCAAUUUUAAUAUAAAGGCUUCAUCAUGAAAACCAAUACUAGCUCUGAGAUUAACAAGGCUUCAUCGACUUUCAAUUUGAAGCUCAGAAAUCUUGUUUGGGGAAAUGGUUCAAACACUAGAUCAUGUUAGUGAUGUCUUGUGUUA